GGUACUGAUCUUGCUAGUGGUAUGGGCUAGAAAUCAGAGCGUCAAAAAAUUUGGGCCGGCCUCACCAGAACGAACUCAGGUUUACACGUAGGCUCAGCGCACUGUCAUCAGACUUCACGCAGAAGCCUCCAGCUCUCUAGGGUUUGCCGGCGGCAGCAGCAGCAGGAGAAGCCUCCAUCUCUCCACUCAAAAGCUUUCUAUCUUUCCUUCACCAAACGCUGCGUUUCGGUCAAUUCUACUAGAUCCAUUUGAUGGUGGAUUGGAUCUAUUUUUAUCCAAUCAUGGUGAACAAGUGAAGUAAAUAAUUGAUGGGAAAUAAGGUUCAGGUGAUAUUUACUUCAUAAUAAAAAUAAAUAAAUUAUAUGUACAGCCUGAAAAAACCUAAAGCUACAUUUCCAAUGGAGGGUGCUGCUGAAGAAGCUGCCAAAGCAAUCUCGGAUUUAUCCAUGGAUGGUUCUUCAUCUGAAACCAUAAGCAAAAAUGCUCGGAAGAAGGAGUUGAAGAUGAAGCAGAGGGAGGAGGAAAAGAAGCGCAAAGAGGAGGAAAAAGUAAAGCAGGCUGCUGCAGUCUCAAGCUCGAAGGUGCAGAAACCCAUGGCUGGUGAUGAUGAAGAUAUGGAUCCAACUCAAUACUUUGAAAAUAGGGUGAAAUAUCUUGCAGCUCAAAAGGCUGCUGGAAAAAAUCCAUAUCCUCACAAAUUCUUUGUUACACUAUCUAUCCUUGAAUACAUAGAGAAAUAUGGAGCCUUAAGCAAUGGGGAUCACCUUGAGGAUAUCACAGUAUCAUUGGCUGGGCGAAUAAUGAGCAAACGGUCAUCCUCUUCAAAGCUAUUUUUUUAUGAUUUGCAUGGUGAUGGUGCUAAAGUUCAAGUUAUGGCUGAUGCAAGGAGCUCGGAUAUGGAUGAGGCUGAAUUUUCUAGGUUCCAUUCUGGUGUGAAGCGGGGUGAUAUUGUUGGUGUCACUGGCUUUCCAGGAAAAACCAAAAGGGGGGAGCUAAGUAUUUUUCCAAAAUCUUUUGUAGUCUUAUCUCAUUGUCUCCAUAUGAUGCCAAGACAGAAAGCUGGUCCUGGUUCUGAUAAUGCCAAUGUGAAGAAAACUGAUGUAUGGGUCCCAGGAAGUACCAGGAAUCCUGAAACAUAUAUUUUGAAAGAUCAGGAAACUCGAUAUCGCCAACGUUACCUGGAUUUGAUGUUGAAUAUGGAGGUUCGACAAAUAUUCAAGACCCGAGCUAAGAUUAUUUCAUACAUUAGAAGCUUUCUUGACAAUCUUGAUUUCUUGGAGGUUGAAACUCCAAUGAUGAACAUGAUUCCUGGGGGUGCAGCGGCUCGUCCAUUUGUGACUCAUCACAAUGAUCUAAACAUGAAGUUAUAUAUGCGUAUCGCUCCUGAACUCUAUCUUAAGGAGCUAGUUGUUGGUGGAUUAGACCGAGUUUAUGAAAUCGGAAAACAAUUUAGGAAUGAGGGAAUUGAUUUGACCCAUAAUCCUGAAUUCACUACAUGUGAGUUUUAUAUGGCCUUUGCAGACUACAAUGACGUGAUGGAGCUCACUGAGAAAAUGUUGAGUGGUAUGGUCAAGGAACUUACAGGUGGCUACAAAAUUAAAUACCAUGCAAAUGGCUUGGAUAAGGAUCCAAUUGAGAUCGACUUCACUCCACCUUUCAGGAGGAUUGACAUGAUAGAGGAUUUAGAGAAGAUGGCAGACCUCAGCAUACCCAAGGAUCUCUCGAGCGAUGAAGCAAACAAAUAUUUGGUGGAUGCAUGCUUGAAAUUUGAUAUCAAAUGCCCCCCUCCUCAAACAACGGCUCGUUUGUUGGACAAACUUGUGGGGCAUUUUCUUGAAGAGGCCUGUGUAAAUCCUACUUUCAUCAUCAACCAUCCAGAAAUAAUGAGUCCUUUGGCAAAGUGGCACAGAUCGAAACAAAGCUUGACUGAACGUUUUGAAUUGUUUGUCAACAAGCAUGAACUUUGCAAUGCUUACACUGAAUUGAAUGAUCCUGUGGUCCAACGUCAGCGAUUUGCCGAACAACUCAAGGACCGACAAUCAGGUGAUGAUGAAGCAAUGGCUUUGGAUGAAACAUUUUGUAUGGCUCUUGAGUAUGGAUUACCACCCACUGGUGGCUGGGGAUUGGGAAUUGAUCGACUUACAAUGAUGUUAACAGAUUCACAAAAUAUUAAGGAAGUUCUUCUCUUUCCAGCCAUGAAACCUCAAGAUGAGCCUUCUUCUGUCCAGCCUCCUGCACAACCUUCUACCCAAGCUGUGUAGGGGUUGGAAGACUGAAAUCUUGAAUGGAUGUUUCAUCGGUGCACGUUUUUGGGCUUGCUGUCAAGUUUUGAUCGUUAAUUUACUAUCACAACGACAGUGACAAUGGCUGCUUCCAUGUUGUUCAAAGCCGAAAGAGAAAAUCAUAAACCCUAGACCCCAAACAUGAAACAAAUCCCGGGAAGCAGUGAUGAGAAGGGUUUAAACAUUGGAAUUUAUAACGGUUUGGCUAAGAUACCAAAGACUUUGAAAUUUUUUAAUA